UAUUCUCAUUGGAUUGGCUGCGUUUGGUUUUGCAAAAACUAUACCAGGAAAAUGUCAAAAUAUUUGUGAUCCAAAUAUAUCAAUCAAUAAUUCUACUAAUUCUAAUGUUAUUACUCCAAACUCCUCCAAUAAUCUUAAUUUAGCGCCGUCAGCUAAUAAUGACGAGAGUAAUUUUAGUUUCAGUGAUAACGCUUUGACGGAUUCUGCGACAAACACUGCGAAUGAUGCAAUAGAUGACGGUAAAGAUAAGUGUAAUACAAUUUGUAAAAAAGGGGUUUUUGACGCGUUAUAUUAUGGCGGUAUCGGAUUUAUUGCUCUUGGUGGAUUCAUGCUUGCUAUACAAAGCACAUCUUUGACACCGCCUGAGAGUCUUGAUGGACCCAAAGUACAAGGUUCAAUAAUUAUACCUCAACAAAAUUGUUUUUUCUUGAUUGGCCAUCAUGAGAUUCGCUUAUAUCGCCUUCUUGAGUUGAUGUGA